AUCUUUGGACGGCGUGUUAUUCAUUCAAAGUUGCAUGAUAUAUCAUAGUCUUCGUGACGAAUUAACCAAGCCAAUUGGAAAGAGAUUUAUAAUACUUGUAAAAAUGAGUGCUGCUGCAAGGAAUGCCUCAAAAGUGCUUUCGAGGUAUCUUCUCAACCAAUCAGUCAAGUGGUACAAUGAGCUUGGAUCUGUAAUGACCGUGACUAGCUGGGACCAAGUUAAAGGCUCCUUCAAAGGAAAGUACAACUCUGGCGUUGGUGAGGCCAAGAAGGAAUAUGACCUUGUUGGCAGGUUCGACACUGAUGGAGACACAUUAGGAUGGGUUGUAUCGUACCAAAACAAGCAUCUUAAUGCUCAUUCCACCUGCGCUUGGUCCGGACACAUGAACGAGCAUUGCGAAAAACCAGUCAUUCUGACUACGUGGCUGCUGACCCGCCAAACGCCUCCCGAAGAUGAUUGGGAAUCAACCUUCGUUGGGUCCGAUACCUUCACUCAAGAUCCUCCAGAUGAAGAAACCAUCGCAAGAGCCAAACUCCGUCGCCAGUGCAGCCAUCCAAAAGCUUAGAAAAAUAAGGCGGAAUGUUAGCUACGAUGAUUUUUAAGACAAGUUAUAUGUAAUUGUUUGGUUUCAAUAAAAUUGCAUUGACGGG